AACUCUGUUUUAAACGAAAAUAAGCGAGUAGGCAUUAUCAUAAGAGCUGCCGCGUCCCUUUUAUCGAAAAAAAGGAAAGCAAAUUCCAAUGCUAGCAUAGUCGGCGAAAAUUUGUUGUUUAUUAUAAUAAGUAGUAAUUACUGAAGAAAUUGAGGAAAUAUUCAUCGAAUAUUCGCUGAAUAAUAGGUAUAUGGAAAAAUUUAAUUUUACAGUUUCUAAAUAACAAAGAGAAACCCGGUGAAGUUAACAUAAAAAAAAAAAAAAAAUCUAUACAGGAAAAUUUUUUACGGUUUUGAUUGGAAUGAAAAAACGACCACCGACAAACAAACGUCGUUCACUAUGCGUGCAUGGAUUACAACAGCGCCUGCAUAGCAGUCUGUGAAUUCGAAAAAAGGUAAAGGAAACCGAAAAUAUUGGUAAAAGAAAAGACUUAGUUUUACGAAAAAGUGAAGGGACACUAAAAUACAGCCCGCCUACCCCAAUGUCGUUAGAAAGCGCUAAAUUGAUACGCCUUGAUGAGGCAGGUAAUCAAUGCGAAACUAUUGUGGCAAAUGGCCGCAAAUUGACAUUGGGCUAUUACAUGAGCUGCGAUUAUGUGCUGACUGAUCCCAGAGCCAAGGGAGUGCAUUGCGAAAUUGAAUGUGAUGCUUUAGGCAGGGUAUUCAUCCACAAUUUUUGCGAAGAGUAUCCCGUCCAUCUGAAUGGCUUUCCGAUUAGUAUUAAACGUACUUUAUUAAGUGGUUCGAAGCUAUUAAUUUUAGACACGCUCUUUGAAUGGGAAUUUCAAUCAUGUAUCAACAUUGCAAAUGAAGAUAUUUCGAUGCAAAAGAUUACCAGUACGCCACACCGUCAAAUUGGCGUGCCCGAACAGUCAGCCAAUUCAUGUCCAGACUUGAAGCCACAUCGCGAAGUGACAAAACGUUUGACUAUACACAAUUUCGUUCACUGCAUACAGUCUUGUGGGGAGCGCAAUGCUGAAGCGGAUCCAUUCGAAACUGGCAAUGUGUCCGACCAAGGACAAGAUGAAACGGAUCAACAGAAAGGACAAGAAGUAGGAGCAUCAUCUAAAAAGAAUGAAAAUCUUGAAAAGCUCGAUAAUGAAUCGCGCAUUCAACAUUUACUUCAAAAAUCUCCUAUUGUCGCGGAGGAAAAUCCCAGAAUGGACUUAAUAAUGUGCACGGAAAACAAAGUAAAUAAAAGUACGCAAGAAAAUAAACGUCUGUUGGCUAUGUGCCGACAAUCAGAUGUCUUAAUUACUUCGUAUUCCCCGCGCCAGACAGGUGUAUGCAUUGAGAAAUCGUUUACUAGUUUAUAUAAAUCCAGAAGUGGUUGCGGCACUCCGAAAAGCGUUAAGGAUUUGAUUGGCUUUUGUACACCAUCCACAUCUAAGAAUGCAACUCUAAUGAACCCAGUGGCUGCUAGUAAUCAAAAUACUACUAUGCAUUUAGUGGACUUGACUGCCACACCCAAAAAAACGAACUCGCAUUUGAAAGCACCGGCAUUAAAAAAAUAUUUGAUGCAGGAGUCGGGUAAGGAUGUGAGCACUGACAUCAAGGGUGUCGCCGUUUUACAUUUUACGCCUUUGAGCAACGACAGCGAAGAGGACUCACCGGCUACACUAGAUUCAGUGACUUCAGUUAUAACUGUUAGUUCCACGGACAACUCAAGCAUAGUAGAAGCUACUCCCGGCGUGUCAUCCCCAAGAAUAUCUAAAAAAACUACCUCAAAACGCACAAACGAUGUGGACCACCUACAUACACCCAAAAGAACUACUCAAUCCUUAAUAAGAAGAGUUUUGCAAUCCAGUGCCAAAAAACAAGCCUACACAACUCGAAAUAACAUUAACAAUGUAACACCAGAUCGGAGCGUGCAUGGCAAUGCACUCUAUGUUGUGAAUCCGAAAAGUGUUGAACCGAAAAGAAGUUUCAAUGCAAAAUUACUAGCCCGAAGUUGUCUAAGCACGCCCUCUCGUAAAAAUGUUAUUACAUCUGAUCAUGAUUUGGACAAUUGUAUAGCCUCCACAUCUCAAGGAGCUAGAAAAUCUAUAUUUAAUCCUCUAAGUGGCACGUCAACACCAUUAGUUGCUACAAAAAUUUGCUCGAUGACGAGGGAAAGAUUGCCUUCAUAUAAGGCGCAUAAUUUUAUUAAGGCUACACAACGCGCUCAACUUACAAACAAUAACUUUACUGCAAAAUUCAUUUCAAACAAAAAAAAGUCUUCUCAAACUUAUUUAAGCGAGCGUUUAGUGUUGCGCGCUCGUAAAUCACUGAAUAAUAAAUCUCUAAGUACCCGCGAUAGAAAACGAGCGCUACCAGAUAUUUUUGAAAAAACUUUAUUAAUCAGUAACACUGAGAAAAAUGUCAAUAAUAGCAGUGAUGAAUUGAGCCGUACUUUCAUAAUUGAUUCAAAUAACACUGAUGAGGCGCAUAAUAUGAAAUUAAAAAAAGCCAGUCCACCAGCAAGGAAUUGCUUUGAGAAAAUAAAAAAUUUGAAAGUAAUUAUAUCAGAGCAGACCAAUGAAAAAGUCGAGAAAUUGCAGAAUGAAGAACUAAAGGAACAAUCAAAUAAUUGUACCACUGAUAAUCAAAUAUCUAAAGUGAUGCCUUCAAGAGAGCAGGUAGCUGAAGUAAACGCGAAUUUUAGGUUAAUUAGAAAUGAGAGCAGUUGGCAAACUUUGGCCUCCGCAAACGAAAAGGGAGAUAUUGUGAUUGUAGAUGAAAUUGGUAAUGAAUCAAUAGAAAACUAUUCUGAGAAAAACUGUGACCCGAUAAAUAAAAUUGAAAAGUAUUUGGCUAAUCGACAUGUCGACAAGGACAUAGAAAAUUCACAUGAACACAUUGAAGCUGAAGAGAGUGCGCAAUUAUCCAUGGGAAUGGAGGAUGCAAGCAAAUUAUUGUUACAAGAGAUUGAAAUUGUUUUAAAUAAAUCCGACGAAUUUCAACAAAAGCAUUUAGAGUCUAAGUCCAUCCAAGUAGAAAAGUCACCAUCUGCUGUAGCAGGUAAAGAAUUAGAGAAAAAUGAACUCAUUUCUUCAACUAAACUUGCUUCCAAAAAAUCACUUACAUCAAUUGAUAAUCAGGAAUUGCAAGAAACAAUGUCAGUGAUUUCUUUAUUGGAUAAUAAUCAAGAUCAAGCAAGCUUUGCAGGCAAAUGUAAGACUGAAUUACUUUCUUCAACACGAUUACGUGUCUGUGAAGAAAAAGAGCAAAGUGAAAUUGUGCCAUUUUCAAUGGAAGGCUGUAUGGGAAACAUAUCUGAAAGCCGUAUGGAAAUCAUGUUUUCUAUGUCACCGGCAACUGCUAAGGAAAAACCAAAAAAAAUUGAAACCAUUUUAGCGGCAGAAAAUACUUCUAAAACAUCAGAAAUACAGAGUUUUGCUGCGUCAUCUGUCGCGGAAGCUAGAAUUUUAAGCCCUUUAUCUUUACAUCUUAAUGAAAACGCUGAUAAAACCCAGUUAACAGCAUUUACUUCAAGACGCGGUGUCAUACGUGCAUCUUUGUCUCUUAAAAACUCUGCAGGGUUGACUUCCAACACACAGAGGAAUCGCCGAGCUUCUUGUACUAUCAUAAAUGAAUUAUUGCUCAAUCCACGCAUCAAUACCAGAAGAUUAUCAAUGUCACUAGACGACGAGAAAACAGUAGCAAAUCUACAAAUUUCACGAGCGGAUACUGCUCAGGAGUUUUUCAAUGUGGAACAUCUCAACAUCCCACUUGAGGACAUGGGUGCUGUUGUAGGAGAAAAUGAAAAUGUAGGAAAUGAUCAGAAUGCCGAAAAAGAAAAAAAUCAUGUAAUAAAAGAAUCUUCCGCCCUAAUUGAUGAAACUAUUUGUACAUCAGAAGAAGUCAUAUGCGAUAUCCUUGAUGAAACCGUCGAAAAUUUUGCUCUGGAUGCUAAGGCCAUUAAUCGAGUUAAUGUGAAAGACAUGGAGAAGCAACAAUCAGCCGCGGAUACUGGAAAAUCUUCGGGUGAACCUGAGCAUGUUGUCGAGGAAAUUUUAACCAAGAAUUCUGAAGUUCUGGAUAACUCUGAUUAUGGAUACGGAAACGAAUUGGAUGAAUCUUUUAAUGCCGAAACAGGGACGUUAAUACAUUCGAAUAACAAAUCCGAAGAAGUAUACAAAGAUGAGCCUGAAGCCGCAAACAAUCAUGAAAAGGAAUUGGAAAGUGUCCCAUCAGACAUAAAAAAUGUGCCGGUCAUUGCGAACCUCUUGAAAAAACGAACACCAACAAACUCGAACAAUAAUGAAGAAUUACCCUGUACUUCAAGGGAAUUUUUAGAAAGUUUGAACGAAGUAAAGCAAUUAUUGACAACUCCUGCUUCUUUUAGAACAGUUCAUUCCAGUGAUAUCCGUGAGCAAAUAAAUAUACCAUUAAGUGAUCUUAAAGAACCAAUGGACACUUUCGAGAAAAAUGUGAAAUCAGUGACUAUAGACAAUGCUGAAACUUAUCAGAAUCCUGCAAUGGACAAAAAUUUUGAUAAAUUUUUAGUAACGCCACGAGCUAAAAAUCUUAUGAUAGCUGGUUUGCCUUUAAAGUCCGUCGUAGGAAAAAGCAGCAAUUUCGCGGAAAUACAUGAAGCUGAAUGUGAUUUCAGUAUUAGUAAAAAUGAUAAUGCACUUUUAGAUGAUCUUUUUAAAACGCCUGCUUCAGGUUCGUGCUUAAUAGGUUCUUAUUUUGAAGAAGAUGAGGAACAGGUAGAACAACGUGAAUCAUCUAAUAACAUUAAAAAUAUGAAAGAAAAUUUUGAAAUGAAACCACACAACCAUGAAUCAUCAAAAAAACUAUUUGAGGAGAAUGUGCAGGAAAUUAAAAUUUGCACACCGAUAAGCACCGUUGCAGACCGGAGAUCAUUAAUUGCUCAAAUACCAACUCAAAAAUCACUUUUCUCAGCGUCUGACAUCUUAUCGGAUUUAUCCAGAAGUAACGUUAAAGAGCGGGUCGAAUCUGCGAAAAAGGCUGAAACAUCGAACGACGUGCUGAAACACGGCUAUCAAGUAAAUCCAAACGAGGAUUUGUCAACUAAAGACAUGAUAUCCGGUGUCGCUUGCUCAUAUGCCAGCUUAUAUUUACCAAUCACAGAAAGUGUAAUGGAUGUAACCGCUACUUCAGAUGUAAUGCUCGAUAUAAGCUCCACAUCACAGAGAGACCUUACCGAUCCUUUGGCUGGUACAAGUAUCGUAGGAUUUGCCAAUAACCGUGAAUGUUCCUCAGCCUCGCUUGAUUCUAAAGGAGAUAUUAGUGGCAUCCAUUUACUUGAUAAGACUACAGACUCUAUGAGCGAUGAGCAGGCAAUGGACUCUAAAAGAGACGAACAAGUUUCUUCAUUUAAUUUGCAAACUAUAGAUGAUGAUGAAGCGAAUCGGCUGUCGGAGCCCUUAAUGGUAACGGACAACGAGGAUUUCAGUCUGUUGCAUGAAAGCAGCCCUAAUCGGACGGGAUGUGAAUUGUUAGAUAAGACUACCACUUUGACAAAAGAGAGUAUGGAGGAAAUGGGUCUUCACCCAGACGGAGAGAAAGAGAGAGUCGAUUGUGUUUCAAUUUCAUCAGCAUUUAUAGAAGAAGAAGUUUCGAGUAAAAAGGAGUCGAUUGUGGUAAAUCGCAAAUGCUCCUUUGAAGAAAAAGAACUUAAAACAGUGAACGCUGCCGCAGUAUUUGAACGAACUUUAGCGGAAGAUGACAGUAAUAUUCCUGUUCAAAAAAAUGUAACAGUGGAAAUAACUGCGGGCCAGAUAGAAAUAGAAGCAGGGUUUUGUAUUAAAGCAAACGGGAGGGGAAAGACCAAUGCGGAAUUUUUGGAAAACACAUCUAAAAUAGAUAGCCCGAAUUCCGCCAAAGCAGAUGCGGAAUUAGUUGAAGAAGCUCACUGCGCACAACUUCUACAAGGAUUUGAAAACACCAAACGUGUGGAUUUCCCAGCGGAUUCGAAACUUCAACAUUUAGAAGAAAAACAGAAAAUUGCAAUACCAAUUACUGAUCUAAUAAUAUCUCCUAAAACCGUUAGCGUGAAUACAUUGCAGGCCUUACAUAAACCACUUUCGCAAGAAAAAGAAAAACACCCUAAUCAUUCCGCUCUUCCUGAAGUAAGCUUUACACACAAUAAAACUUUCCUUGAACCAAGCCAAUCAAAGGUAGAAGAAAGUUUGUUAUUAAAGAGAUAUUCAGAAGUCAAGGUUGAUUGUACUAAAAAUCACGAAGGAACGAAUAGUAUUUUUAUGCUGCCUGCUGCUACUAGCGUAACAAGUCCCGGAAAAGUAGAAGCUGCACAACAGGGAUUUGUUUUAAGCACUAGCUUUGGGAAAGGAAUUGUAGAGGCAAAAGCCAUAGAAAUCGAAAAUAUUGUGAACAUUAAAGAUGAAGAAUAUCAAAAAUUAUUCGUGGAAAAGCAAAAAUUUGGAAGUUUGAGUGAAUGUGCUGAAAGAGGUGCGUCGAGAGAAGUGAUUUCAACGAAAAAAAAUAAUGAAAGCGGUCAAAAGGAAGUCGAACAUUUAGAAAACAAUGAAACAAUCGAAGAAACAGGAGCUGCUCUUUCACAACAUGUCAACACCAUGACAGAUGGGCGUAUAUUUGAGAGUGAAUUUGCGGAAAAAAUCGUGCCCAGAGAAUUUGAACAAGAAGUUUCAAGCAAAGCACUGUUAAUCUCAAAAAUGUGUAAGAUAAGUGAAAAAGAGGAAAAGCGUUUUAUUGAUGCAAAAAAUGUUGAGUUACUUAAAGUGGAGACGAGUUUUGAAAGUCCAUCGGACAAUAAAGUUUUUCUAAAAGAAAAGGAAAGGUUUGCGGAGUCGCUAGAGGCGCAACAAGAUGUUUCUAAUAAACUGGAUGAAGAUUUUUUAGCAAAUUCUUUGUCUAAAGCAGAAAUUUCGAUCUCGGACAAAGCAGAUAAAGUACUUUCGAUUGUAGAAUUGCCAGGAAAAGUUCGCGGUGAUAAAGUUUUAGAAAACACUACUAAUAUUGACAAUGCGGACUUCUUAGAAAAGUCGAAGGCUCCAAAUGAACCGCAAAUAUGUAAAACUGCGGUUAUAGAAGUGGAUGAGCAACAGUUUGAGUCUUUGGAUGAAGCCACCGAAGAGACUGUCUCAACAGAAGUGCUUCUAAAGAAAAGAACGGGUGAACGCGUUCAAAGGAUGAGAGAAUAUUUAGACGAUGCAGGAAUGUCAGCUGAAGUAAUAGAAAAUACAGGAAUUAAUCGUACAUCACAUAUCACAAACAUAAAAGAAGAGUUUAUAGUAAAGAGUAAAUUUACAGAAGAAAAUGAAAUUGCUAAAGCAUAUGUCGUAACUGAAAAAGCAGAGAUUGCUAGUAAACCACAAGAGGAAUUUAUAGUCGGAAAUCUGAAUAUUCCAAGUAUUCAAGCUGGGGAAGCUUUAUUAACAGAUGUUGAAAUAACAGAGGUAUUAGAAUCUACUAAGUCGUUGGAGUAUAGGAGGCGCAACUUGGAUCAGGGGGUCUCAGAUAAUGCUGUAGGCAUUGUUGAAAUGUCCUCUACGGAAGGAGCAGAACUUUCAAAUUCUCAAAAGCUAACAUUUUCGUCAGAAAUAAAUGAAGCUGAAAAUUUAACGGAAAUCAUCGAAAUUGCCGAAGCUCACAAAGAAAGUGGAUCAAAAAUAUUAAACUCGUCAACUCCGCCAUUCAACGAAGUUGAAGAAACUAAAACUGGAGGGAAUUUAAAGCAUGAAAUAAUUACUAUACAAAAGAUUAAAAAGAGUGCACAGAAAAAGCCGGAAAUAGAAGAGAUUACAAAAUUAAAAGUAAUCAAUCAAAGCGAAUCGCUUGAUUGUGAAAAAACUCACUCAGAGAAACAAACCAAAGCAGACAAACCCUUCAUAUACAAGGAAAAUACUUCAGUAAUCGGUGCGUUGAAAUCGGGCAUAUGUGAGGUCGUGGUUAUUGAUAAUGACUUUGAAAAAAAAAGCAGUACUUCAAUUAAACAAACAGAAGAAAGCCGCACUAAAGAUGAAGCUAAAGCGCUCAAAGGAUUUCAAUUCAGUGAAUGUUCGGAUGGUAACCCUGAUUUGGUUUCCACAAAUCGCGCUGUCUGCCGACCAGCGCUCGCCCCGCAAGAGCAAUUGCAUAUGCAGUCUGAAAAUGAACAAAACUCUAAACUGCUGUCGAGCGCUAAACGUGUUUAUCGUAAAUUUACCACGUCUGAAUCUAGCCAAGGUUCCACUUUCGAAAAUAAUGACGCAAAUCUCCCUACUACCCAUAAAACACGUCGAAAAAUGUUGCAAACCUCUUUGGAAGAACGCAUAACAGAGCAAGCAGAAGCUAAAGAACUGUCAUUUUCGAAACUCCUAAGAGAAAAAGCGCCUGAAAUAAAAGACGUUGAACAUGCACUAGUAAAAGAAUUGUCCACAAUAACAACUGUAAAAAAUAUGUCUAUGAUUAAGGAAGAACAUGAACGUUUCGCAAUUUCUGAACCCAAACGGAAUAAAAAAUGUUCAGACUAUACUGAAAUGCUUUCCUUUAAUAUUGCUCAUAUGGCAGGAGCUUCUGCCCAAGAGCCGGCAGCUUUACACAGUCAAACUCCAGUGCAGGACAUUCAAUACGUGUCCACCGAUCUGACAAUGGUAACACUAAGACCUGCGGAAAUCCAAAAAGCUUCAAAACACCAACCAACCCACCCGUCACCAGUUCGACCUUCGGAUAUUGAAGUUAGUUAUCAUGAGAUGAAGGAAGUGCAAAAAACCCCUAGAAAGCGAGAACUUCAACGUCGCAAUGCGCCGGACUCCAGUCACAGUUCAAUAACAAAUGUCGACGAUCCGCCCAUACGAGAAAGAAAGUAUAACCAAGACUUCCACAAGGAAGACAAUAUUAAGACAGAUUCGGAGGUAAUAGAUGAGAGCAGAUCAGAUGAAAAGGAAUUUACAGAACGGCAAAUCCCAAAUGAAAAUUUAAGAACGGACUUGUCUGUUGUGCCCAAUCAAAAUGCCAGCCAGGAGGUUAAAGCAGUAAUUGUUUCUGAAAAAGCCAAGGAAAGUGACGUCAAAAUAAACGAAAACUUAGAUACAUCAUCGAAAAGGCCGCUUCGUCGUAGAGCAGCACGACGAGUACUUAAUGAAGAGAAAACUAAAGAAGCAAAUCAAAGAACCAAGCGUAGCAAACCUUUGGAAUCUAAACUUACAGAAGUUAUAAACGUAUUGGGUAAAGGUACUACCGGAGUUGCGACUGAAAGAGAAUCUUCUGAAAUUAUGGACACUGACCUUCAAAAAGACACAAAUGCUAUUGAACUCCAGAGUCAUUCACGCACUGCAAAAGCUCGCCAAAAAGCAAGCGAGGAACAAGAAUUUAGUUUUAGUAGCUCAACGACGACCACAAAAAGACGCACAGGAAAACGAAAAGCUGAAGAUAAACAAAAACCUUUAAAAGAUAUAGCAAGACAUAUUAAACCAACAGCAGAACUGAAAAUGUCAGGAAUGACCUCAAUUGCGAUUGAUAUGCCCGAAAUCAUAUCUCCUUCGAAUGACUUAAAAGUUGGGGAUGAACAAGUAAGAUUUCAGUCUGGUGCAACUUUUUCUGAAGUUAAUAACAAGCAAUUACGUGAACAUGAAGAAUCUCAAUAUGCUGAUGAUGAAAUUGAGCUGCCUACCCUCAAAAUAAAAAAGUUAAAAAAUUUAGAAACGUCAAGCCAAAUUGGAUCAUCGCAGUAUAUUGAUACUUCUCGAAAGUAUCCGGGCUCUCCUGGUGUUAAUCAAGCUAAAUUAGUUUCAGAAACAGAAUCAGUUCAAUUUUCAUCCGUCGAGACGAAGAUUGCCGUGAAGAAGAGACCACAACGCAAGGCUGCUACCGCAUAUCAUAACUAUGAUGAAACUUCAGAUACAGAAAUGCAAACUGUAACAAAAGAAAAACAUGAUACUUCUCAAAAACUUUUCGCCGGGAACAUGGCCGAAGUUGUAGCCGAACACAACCAGGAUGUUACAAGAAUAGAGAUGGCUAUUGGAGUGGUGACCACAGCUCGCGGUCGCAUGCGUAAACCCACCGCGAAAGUCCAACAAUUCCUUGAAAAAGAACGAGCUAAAGCUGAGUCGCCUAAAAAACGAAAUGUUCGGUCCACAGGCAUUCCUGCAGAGCAACGCAAGCCAGGACGGAGGGGACGUAAGCCAUCAGUUACUGAAACGAGAAAUGAAGAGUCGGACACACCAAAGAACUCAAAGCGCAGCCGAGGUCGUGUUGGCGAAUUUAACGCCACGGCUACUAAUGAUGAUAGGCCCAUACAACAAACUCCUGCUACUGUCGCUGAUGUUCAAUCUGAAAGAUCAGUGGGAUCGGUUAUUAUAACUAAAUACAUAAAAAAAUCAAGUAACUCACCUACGGAAACCUCAACGUUAUCCGCCGUUAAAUCUCGACGACGAGGCAGAGCAAAAGCGGGCCUUGAACAAUUUGGGGUGUCCUCGACAUUUGAAUACGAAAAGCAAAAGGCCUCCAUUCCGACAUCAAUCGCUGAAGCACAUAAGCCGAAACGUAAUGCUGCUGCUGCCGCAAAAGCCAGGAUAGAAGAGGAUGCUUUGGCAGCAGCUGCUAUAGAUCCACCCAAGAAACCCAGAGCUAAGAGAGCUGCUCCUAGAACACCAAUCGCUGAUGUCAGAGACUUUAAUGCGGAAGUCGAUGAGGAUAAAUGUCGUUCUACUCGUAGCACAACAAAGGAAAAACGGCAGAUUUUAACAGCAACAACGCGGAAAAGGGAUUUCCGUUCAGCAUCCGCUUCUACGGUAGGAAGCACCGAUGAAUUUGCAGAUAUUGAGGGACAAAUAGGCGAAGAAUCUACCUAUGUAAAUUUUGAAAGCGAAGCAGAAAAAUCAGCCACAAAAAGAGAAGCACGUAAUAGAACAGCAGGUCUAGUCAACGAUGCCCCAGUGAUACCUGUAAAACGCACUCGUAAGGGAAAGUCUGGAAGUGAUGACGCUGGCCUGCAAGGAGAGCCGGGAGCUGAAACAAAAGGAACCACCCGAACUGCUAGGGCGCGAAAAAUUGUACACUUUGAACAUGCCACUGAAAUCACGGGAUUAUUUGGGGAAAUGAGAAAAACACAGGGAAAAGAAACCUCGGCGAAACAACCAGCACAACAAUUAUCAUUUACAACGGAUAACGAAAUAGGCAAUGCUGCCUCCCGAUUUCAGCAAUCAUCGGUGACCUUACCAGCGGAAGCAUUAUUGUCGAAGCGUACUAUUCGAACACGUCGCAAAUAACUUUUAAAAACACUCGACGGGGUAUAGUUGAUUUUAUUACACUAGUUGUUAGAGUUCUUUAUUGUCCUAAGUAUUCACAAAUACAAAUAUCCUUCACAAAUGAAUAUACAUACUUAUUAUUUAGCUUUUCGACGAAUCUUUCUAAACUAGAAGUCAUAGAUAGAAAAACAAAAACGUUUUCGAAAACUCUUCAGCGAAAUAUUUUUUUCUAUCUAAAGAGGCGUUUCUUUUAGGCAUAUUUUGCAGUGUUAUCAAGGCUUUUCGAUAUUUUUGACCACCUGGUUUCAUAAUUCUUGGAAAGUCAUACUUUAAAACAUUCUAAACAAAUAAUAAUUUAAGUAAUUUUGUUAACUUUUAUUUAAUAUUUCGAUUAAA